AAAGAUCAUGGAAUAUAGUGUAGAGUUUGUGUUGGUGCGAGUGUCGCAAGUGUGAAGCAAAAACACGGAAAAUAUCCUAUUUUUCCUCAAUUUUCACCUGUAAAUCCCAUGCAUUAUUUUGCAUAACUACCACAGAAUGCAGACCGUUGUGAAAAUGUCCACGAUACGCUCCACACUUCGACUGCAAAAACAUUUGCUGAGCAAAUUGCCCGCGAAUGGAGCGGUGUCUUCACAGAGGCUGUAUGCACAACAGCGACCCGGAUUCUUUUCCCAAUUCAUCGAGAAUAUCAAGCAGGAGAUGGAGAAGAACAAGGAGAUGAAGGAGAGUUUGAAGAAAUUCCGUGAGGAAGCUGAAAAAUUGGAGCAAUCGGAAGCACUAAAGUCAGCCCGGCAGAAGUUCAAUACCGUCGAAUCGGAGGCUUCAAAGAGUUCAGAAGUGCUGCGAGAGAGGCUGGAAGGUAUCAAGGAGAAGGUGCAUGAUGUGUUUGAGGAGGCUUCAAAGACGGAUUUGGGUAAGAAAGCUAGUCAAUUUAGUGAAGAGCUUUCGAGGUCCGCGCGGGGAGUUUCGGAGUCAAUAGCCGAGAAAGGGCAGCAAUUGGGGAAGAGUGGGGCAUUUCAGAGCAUUUCCAGUGCCACGGAGGCGGUCAAGAAGGAAAUUGGGACACAGGGGAUGGCCGGAAGGGUGUACAGGAGUCCAGCAAAGCUCCGGAAACGCGUAGAAGUGGCUGCAGCGAGUACAGAGAGAAUCUUCGAGGCCAAUGACGAUGCCCGAGGCAUUGAGUUGCACAAAGACAGCAAAUUCUACCAAUCCUGGGAGGAUUUCAAGAACAAUAAUGCCUACGUGAACAAAGUCCUGGACUGGAAGAUGAAAUACGAAGAAUCUGAGAAUCCUGUGAUCAGGGCUUCGAGAUUGCUGACAGACAAAGUGUCUGAUGUUAUGGGAAAUCUCUUCUCCAAGACAGAAUUGUCAGAAACCCUGACAGAAAUCUGCAAGAUUGAUCCGAAUUUCGAGCAGAAGCAAUUCCUCCGUGAUUGCGAAACUGACAUUAUUCCAAAUAUCCUGGAAGCCAUGGUGAGGGGAAAUCUGGAAAUUCUGAAGGAUUGGUGCUUCGAGAGCACGUUCAAUGUGAUAGCAACACCAAUAAGUCAAGCCCAGAAGGCUGGAUACUAUCUGGACUCAAAAAUCCUCGACAUUGAGAAUGUCGACCUGGCCAUGGGGAAGGUGAUGGAACAGGGCCCAGUACUCAUCAUCACCUUCCAGUCUCAACAGAUCAUGUGCGUCAGAGAUUCCAAGAAAUCCGUCGUCGAGGGUGAUCCUGAAAAAGUGAUGAGAGUAAAUUACGUUUGGGUACUCUGCCGAGAUCCCAGUGAACUCAAUCCCAAAUCUGCCUGGAGACUCAUGGACCUCUCUGCCAACAGCACUGAGCAAUUUGUUUAAGAACCCCCUUUCCCCAUCCCACAAUUUACCUAGUUAGAAGAAAUAAAGCGAAACAUCGAGGGUUUUGUUUUUUGUUCUUUUUAAAGAAUUAUUGUACAAAAUUGUCAUUGCUUGUUGUAUAAAAAAAAAGAAAGAAUGAAGGCAAAAAAAAGAAAAGCAAAAUCCAGAAAA